UUUAAUGUUCGAAGAUGCAAGUUCAGCUCAGAAAUUUUCUCUUUCAAGUCAUGACGAAUUUCUAUAACUAAAACAAGGAGAGAAACACACAAACAGAAUGAGAAUACAUCAUAAUUGAGACCUUGAAUCUGAGAUCCCCCGUUUCGGUCGUCGCACGUGGGAGUAUGGACUACGAUAUUGGGAAGCCAAGAAGAGAGUCGCGCAGUCCGAGUGUGAACACAAAUACAAUUCACCACCUCAACUCAUCCAGUCAACCGCGACACUCUUCGUCCGGAGGCAGUCUCUUCCCAUCCACACAUAAAGGCGAAGUGCAGAAAGAAUGGCGGAGUGCGACAGAUGGGAGUGUGAUCACGUCUUCUGCCAAAGUGGGCAUAGCAGUGGCCCAGCAGAGAGCGCCCCCUGCUGUCCCCCCUCCCCCUCACUCCUCUGCAGAACAGACCACAUCUGCUGCGGUUGCUGCUGCUGCUUCUUCAUACUACGCCUCACAAGCACAAAUUUCUCUGCAUAACUCUCUGAUCAAUGCGAGUGCGGGCCAGGCUACUCUGGACUUAAACAGUCUACAGCAACAGCUUCUCUACAACCAGACGAUGGCGAAUCUUCCGCUGAGUCUGCCCACUGGUGGGGGAGGGGGUGCCAGUCUCCAGCCAACCAUCCCUUUCCCAGUCACGUACUGGCCUGCCAUGCCGUUACCAUCAGCAGCGGCAGCAGUAGGAUACCAACAGGCACUUAACAACCUCCUCCGAUCAUCCACCUCACUAAGCAACGCCGCCGCCGCAAAUGCAGCAGUCGCAGCCGCAGCAUCCGCGUACCCCAGUCUUCUGCAGCAGCCGGGUGCAGCAGCCGCUGCUCUGAGUGCCCUGGGAGCAGCCGCAAACCACCUGCCAAUGUCGUCAUCAGCUAGUUUCGAUUCCUUCUUAGGAGCGGCAGUGGUGGCCAACUCACAGCUGCGAAACAGCUCUGAUUGGUCGGAUCUCAAUCUUCGAUCUUCCAGUCCUUCUCCGAGUCUGAAUCACUCUGGAAACACAAGCAUGUCAAUAGCAGCUGGACACCAAGUGGACCCGAUCUCCACCGCAUCGCUUAUAGCUCACGAGAUGGGAAAAGUGUACGCGUUCAACCGAAAGGCGGAAGCUUUUACGGAAUCAUUGAGAUCCACACACGACACUUCAUUGCCAUUGUCAGUCGUAACUACCACUUCGGCGAGCUCCUCGUUCGGCAAAACACUCGGUUAUGUUCGUAGACCGGAUCCUUAUUCGGAAAAUAAUUCCUUCUCGCGAGAACCAGUGAAGUCUGAUGUGCCGAAGAUAAAUUUACCGACGAAAUCAGUUACGAUACCAGCCGAGUCGUUGAAAGAAUUGAACCAGCGACCUCCGUCGAAUAGUUCGGUAUCUUCUGAAACCCAGAAAUCCUACCCACACUCAAGCACACCUCCGCAUGUACACUCAAAUUCGAAUCACUCGAAUGAUUUUUUGCUUCCGGCAAAAUGGAGAUGCAAAACUUCAUUUCCAAAAACAGAGGCAUCUGGAACAGAUUUGUUAACAGAAGCAAUACCAGUUAAACAACCGACUCCACUGUCAGACAGUUUGGUCCAGUCGGCGCAACAAAUUGACGAAACUGAUUUUAAAUCUUCCUCUUCAACUUUCAGAUCUGCUACUCCUAAGAGUGUCGAAAUCCACGGUGUACCGGAUCAUUUGGAAGCGAAGCAUAUUAAAGCACCGCUUAUGUCACCGCUUUUGGUCGCUGAUGAUCAUACUACUGUAAAACCACCAGCCACUAGAGGAAGACCUAGAGACACUUACACAUCUUCAGCGACGAAUUACAUUAAAUGUAUUGAAGACGUUGUUCACCAUUCAGACAGAUACACGAGUGAAGAACGGAGGUCAGAAUUAUGGGAUUUCUGCAAACGAGUAUCCGAACAUGAGUUUCCGGAUCCCGCGCGGUCAUCAGUCUCGCCUGGCUCCAUGAGAAGCCUCAAAUCUCCGGGAACGGACUCCUUCUCAACUGGACGUAACAGCAACUCGGGAACAGCAGCAUUUUCAAUCUCUGCAGCAAACAGGUCUUCCAACUUUGCUUUUGAUCCGUCUGAAUUCGGUUCCGCUUCAUCUCUGAAUAGUAAUGUAAACAACCACCCCACGAGUUACAAUAUUGGCAGCUCGGCGACGCGAAAGGAAAACUCGGUUAGCCCCGGAAGAAUUGUCAACAGGGACAGUACAGCUUCAGUUGCGAGUACAGCGCCAGGAAGUGAUGACGACGAUGAUGAUGACGACGAUGACGAUGAAAGCGUGUCGUCCGACUCGACGAUAUGUCCCGAAAGUCCACCCCUGGUCAUUUCAUACACUAAAGAAACGCUGAACGAGUUCUGCACGAGACAAUACCAGUCUUUGCUGGCUGAUGUAGAGCAGCCUCUGAAACAGGUGUUGGCCUCUGAGGACGAAGACACGGCUGCGAAGAGGAAACUGAUAGUGUUGGAGCAGAGGGUAAAAAGGAAGCUCAAGAUGGUGUUCGCAGGGUUCGAAAAAGAGGAAAAGAGAGCGCGAAUGGAAGAAGGAAACCUAUCGCAGUCAGUUCCAUCAGGAGGUAGUGGCACAAUGGCGUCAUCGUCCUCUUCUAGACUGUCGGUGGGUUCUAGUAGUGUGUACUCAGACAGGAGACUCAAUCCACAGACAACUUCUGCUGCAGACUCCACUUCACAAAUGACGCCCCAAGUGGGAAAUAAAUCGAAAAGUCCUAGCUCGACGAAAGUCCUGCAACGUAAAACGCCGUGUCAGACUAAUACCUCAGUGUCGAAUUCGGCAAAUCGUCUAUCAACCAAUAAUCUGAAUCAGUCAGAAGCCAACCACCACCACAAGCAUGACCGAACUCCUUUUGAGUUCCCGCAAAGGUCGCCUGUCUCGACUGUGCAAAACUCCAACACUGCCAAUUACAGCCACAGUCAGACCUCAACUUCACAAGGUAGCUCGACGACACGGCUUCAAUCAUCGAAACCGGUGAUAUCAUCUACGUCAUCAAAUGUUGCCAUGUCUGAAACGUUGAAAGUGGCGACAGCUGUAGCUGAAGCAAGAAGGUCUGUGCAUUUGACGAAUGAUGAUCUGGUUUCUGGCCAGCGGGUGUUGUUGAGGCAGUCCGAUGGGUUGUAUGCGCCUGGAAAAUUGAUUGCAAUGAAACCCCCAGAUGUGUAUGGAAUCCUGGUGGAUGGGGCUCGUGGCUCUCGACCGCAGAUCUUCGCCUACGAGGACUUGGUGGACAGAGCAGUGCUGGAGAUAGUGCCCCGUACGAAGAGUGCAAUCCCCAAGGGCACCAAAGUCUGUGCACACUACAGCAAAUCAUUCACUGAGUUGCACCCCGGCACAGUCUCAAUUUCGAACACAAAAACCCUUCCACAUGCAGUAAAAAUAGACUUCGACGACGGGGAUGAAUCAAUCGUGAACUUGACUAACGUGCGAGUGCUCUCUUCGCUCUUCAACUCGGCAGACUACUCCAUCCUCAGCGCCACUUACUCCCCCACCCAACCUCAAAGUGGGGGGACAUCCUCCUCACGCAAAGUGUCAAUAUGGAAGUGGGAGCGAAAGUGUCUGACUGAAACGCCGCUGAGCAAAAACAUCAAAGCGUUUUACUCGUCCAUUUCGAAGUCGGACGCUGUCGUGAACAAAGAUGACUUCGUAGCAUUCCACAAUUCGGCCGCACAUGUUCCUGGUUCAAGUCGCAGGCCCUACGUCGGUCGUGUGAUCAACUUCUUCGAGACUUCGUCAGGGGAGUGUAUAGUGAAGGUGUCUUGGUUCUACAGAACAGAAGAAACUAAACAGGGUGUGGAGCGGACUCUUCCGAAGAAUGCACUGUUGAAGAGUAGUCAUUGUGACGAAUUGGACAUACAGACUAUCUCGCACAAGGUGGAAGUAUUAGACGAAGAGGAAUAUGCUUCCCACAACCACAACAUAUACAAGGCCGCCCAGGCCAAAGGUACCUUCCCAGACAACCUGUUCGUGUGUGCGGGCACAUACGAUCACGUUAAGGGGGCCACAUAUGUGACCUACAAGAAACCCAAACCCCCCUCUCAUCUGUACGCCAGCAUAAACUCCGUAUCACCAGUCGCAGCGACCGGACGAACAAACUCCUCGCGAUUCGAACAGGACGACAUCUCAAAUGUGCAGUCACAACACACAGUAAAACCGACUAAACACAGUCGCCAUACUCUCAAUUCAAACUGACGCUCAAAGUGUAUAAGUUUCACCCCCGCGCUUGCAAUUUUUCUCAUGUAUACAAAUAUAUGCUAUUCACAUUAUAUUGUUUGCUUACUUUGACCGUUAAUCUAAGUUGGAGAUUAUUUUCAGUAUGGUUAUUGAAUACGAAGUUGUUUUGCAUUGAUAAGUGCCAUUUCACGGAAAUUAUUGCUGACUAUCUGAGUGGUUUGUUUGAAUAGUUGAAAAAAAGUAACUGUUUCUGACUUGGUUUGACGCCAUCAACUAAUAGUUCAAAUGUACUAUGUGCUGCAUUUGGGAUCUCUUCAACUACCUCUUCGCCUCUCAUUUUACAUAAGGGGUAAAGAUUCGUUUCUAAGUAAAAAUCACCCGUUAUAUAAAUGCGUUAUAGAAGGAGAUUUCUAGGUGGGUAUUCGUUACUAAG